AAUUCAUAUUGUUGAUUUCACUUCUACCGACGGUAUCGCCCAUCCCUACAUAAAUGUCUGCGCGCGUAGGGCUUGAGACGAGCCGGAGGCGGAGCUAAUACUGGGUCUCUCGCUGCGCCAUCUGGUUGGUGUUAUAAAGUAGGUAGCCAGUUAGCUUCCAGGUACCCAUUUGCAGGACCACACGACCGUCAUAGUCUAGAAUUAUCACAAGAUCAAAUCGCUAUAUCACUUUCAGGUGACGGAGGAAGUAUUACGUUAUCAGAUUUGGAAUCAGUGAAGUGUCUACAUGGCAGUCAGAAGGGGACACAUCCGAUACCUUAAAGUGUGUGAAGUGCAGAGCUGUCAGGGUGCCGACAGAGAUUCGCAGUCACACAUGAAAGCUUCUUUUUCCCCCCAGGAGGCGUAUGACAAUGGGUAUGAGGAUCACAUGGGGGACGAGCCCAAAGAUGCCAAGACCAACCUAAUAGUGAACUACCUGCCGCAGAACAUGACGCAGGACGAGCUGCGCUCCUUGUUCAGCAGCAUCGGCGAGGUGGAGUCUGCCAAACUCAUUAGAGAUAAAGUGGCAGGUAAUCCUUAUCAGAGAAACCAGAGCCACAGUUUAGGGUACGGAUUUGUUAACUUUGUUAACCCUAGUGAUGCAGAAAGGGCAAUCAGUACACUCAAUGGGCUGAGACUACAGUCUAAAACUAUCAAGGUCUCCUAUGCUCGUCCGAGCUCCGAGACCAUUAAAGAUGCUAAUCUUUACAUCAGCGGCUUGCCCAAGACCAUGACCCAAAAGGACGUGGAAGACAUGUUCAUGAGAUUUGGACGCAUCAUCAACUCCAGAGUACUUGUCGACCAAGCCACAGACAAAUGUGAGUAUUUGACUACUCCUCCGUCAGGUCUAUCUCGAGGAGUGGCCUUCAUCCGUUUCGACAAGCGCAUGGAGGCAGAGGAUGCCAUCAAGCACCUGAAUGGCACAAAGCCCCCUGGCGCCACUGAGCCAAUCACAGUCAAGUUUGCGGCCAAUCCCAACCAGGCCAGGAGCUCCCAAUUACUCUCUCAGCUCUACCACAACCAAUCACGUCGCUUCGGUGGGCCAGUGCACCACCAGGCCCAGAGGUUCAGGUUUUCCCCCAUGAGUGUGGACCACAUGAGUAGCGUCUCUGGCAUGAACGUCUCCGGUAACUCAACCUCUGGCUGGUGUAUCUUCAUCUAUAACCUGGGCCAGGACGCAGAUGAGGGGAUCCUCUGGCAGAUGUUCGGCCCGUUCGGAGCCGUCACCAACGUCAAGGUCAUCCGCGACUUCAACACCAACAAGUGCAAAGGCUUCGGGUUUGUUACCAUGACAAACUACGAGGAGGCCGCCAUGGCAAUUGCCAGCCUCAACGGUUAUCGCCUAGGAGACAAGGUCUUGCAAGUGUCUUUUAAAACAAGCAAGUCUCAGCAUAAGUAGACUGUUUUUGUACACAGAGAAGGGGAUGGAGAUACAUUUGUAAAGCCUGAUUGAAAAAGUUUUUCUUUUUUUUUUUCUCUUUUCUUUUUUUUUAAUAACUGUAUAAAUAGAAUUUCUACAUCUUUAAUGUGCAUCUUUGUCCUAGAAAGUAGGUGUAGAUAUUGUCUUAUUGGAUCUUGGAUUGAACUGCAAUGUUUUUGUUUGUUUUUUUUCCUUUAAGAUUCCCAUGGUAGACCAAUUUAUUUUCUUUUCCUCAUCCAGACGUAUCAGUUUUGGUAAUUUUGAAGAAUGUGCCAUAUGUACGGAAAAGGGAAAAAGGCAAACCAGUGUGUUGCCUUCUGCAGAACUCCUGUCGGCAGGCGGCCGGAAGUGAAAUAUAGAAGUAAAUGUUAGGAAGCCUUAGAUUUAAACAGACCGCUCAACCUCCCAGUCAAUGAUCUAAGUUGGGACACUCCAGGCAGUUUGUAUUGCUUAUGAACCCUUUCAUUCUGGGGCUACUGGGAGGUGGGGUUUAUUUGGGAGGGGGGGGGGGGGGGGGAUCAGUGAUUUGAACAAAAUGGAGACUUGUAUACGAAGGACCAAAGAGGUAAAAAAAAGAAUCUCUCUUUUUUGUUUUCUUUUCUUUUUUUUUGGGUUGUCUGUUUUGUUGACAUUCAGAACAGUGUGAACACGAAUCUAAAAAAUAAGCAGAACAUUUUUUUUUUUCCCCUUCAGAUAUAAGCAUGUGAUUAAUUAUUUUACUUUUAAGAUUGGGGUUUCUAUGCUUCUCUGAAGAGAUUGAAAUAAAGUACUUAGUCUUGCCAUACCGUUCAUCCGGCACAUGGGGAAUGGCAAUCCUUCAGUUCCUUGACUGAGAGCGAAAUGAUCGUGAAAGUGUAAAUGCUGUCAUGCUGUGUAAACAUUGUUUGUGUUUUUCCAAAUGUGUUUCUUCCAUUACAAAUAUUAAACAUUAUGUUUCGAUGAAA